AUGGCGAAAUCAACGCUUCUUCACCCACAGUUCUUCCACACACUUGUUCCUGGCUGUGGCUUCCACACUCACCUUAUAAUUCCUUUAGACUUCUUCUCCAAGUAUAUAGAAGGAAGAAGCGUGGAUAACACGGCUCAGCUGAAAUCUGACUCGUCAGACAUAACCUGGCAAGUGAAGAUGUCUGGUCCGAUACUCAGUGACGGCUGGAGAGAGUUCACCGUCGCUCAUAGUCUCCAAGCAGGCCACCUCAUCCUUGUCAGAUACGAAGGGGAUAUGGUCUUUCAUGUUUCGCAUUGCCUUGAGAUUCCAAGCAACAACAAUAAGCAUUCGCACCCAAGAACAGAUGUUGAUGAUCUUCCUAAUAAGAAGAAGAGAGCGAAGACAAACAGUAAUGAAACAGAAGCGGAUUCUUCCUCGUUAGACAACUCAUGUUUUGUGGCCACUGUCACAUCAUUCAAUCUACUCAUAUAUACACUGUAUCUUCCGCAACACUUCACAAGCUCAAACGGUCUUACAAGAGAAUCCCACAAGAUUGUUUUAAUAGAUGGAGAGGGAAGAUCAUGGACACUGGAUCUGAGGUUCAAUGCCUCAUCAGAUACUUUUUACAUGACCCGGGGUUGGAGAAGUUUCUGUGAAGAAAACGGCCAAGAAGCUGGAGGCUUCUUCACGUUUAAACUUGUGGGAAACGGGGAAACUCUUGUGCUAAGUUUCCGCCCAACAGAAUCUACCAGUAGUACAAGGCAAAGAGACUCUUCUGAAGAAGAGGACACAGAAUGGGAGACUGGUGAAGACGAGCCGUUAAUGGAGACAGAAAAGAAGAAGUGUAAUCCAAAAGGAAGAGCUAGUCUUCCAAAGCAAUUCUUGAGGGAGAAUGGCAUAAACAAGCCUGGAGAGAUAUGUUUAUUAGAUAAAGAUGGUAUGAAGUGGCCGACAAGCCUUCUACGAGACAAGAAAGGAAUAAUGAGUUUGGGAAAGGGUUGGAAAGAAUUUGUCAAAUCAAACGGCUUAGCUUCAGGAUUCACACUCAAGUUGAUAUGGGAAGACACAACUCCUGCGUUUAGUUUGUGCUGUCCAGAAUCCACCAGUGACAAAGAGCAACAAGAGUAUUUCAAACAUAUCAAGAAACAGUCUCUUUACAUAGAUCCUAGCAACAACGGAGACAAUAGCAGCAAAGAUUCAUCUCCAUCAAGCCAAAACCGAUUGGUAACAAUAAAAAUCAGACCCGACAUUCUCACAUGUAAUAGAAUGCGUCUUCCAAAGCAAUUCGUGAUGGAGAGCAACAUGAACAAGCCUGGAACGAUAUAUCUGUUGGGCAAAGAUGAUACAAAGUGGACGACAAAGCUUGUGAAGGAAAGAGACGGGAGAAUGAAACUGGGAAGUGGCUGGACAGUUUUUGCUGAAGCAAACGGCUUUAAGCCAGGCGAAUCCGUUACGUUGGAGUCGGUAUGGGAAGAUGGGACUCCUAUGAUCAGGUUUCUCCGUACAGGUUCUAACAGCUCAAAAGAUACCAAGAAAGAGUCGGUUUCCAUGGAAGUCAUAGAGCCUAGAACGAGUGGUUCAUCUUCAGAGAUCCAUGACCGGUUCGUGACAUUAACACUAUUACCUGAAGAUGUCAAAGCCGGUGUACUGAUUAUUCCUAGUCAGCUCUUGGAGGCUAAUGGCGUCAACAAACUUGGGAAGAUAACUAUUUUGGGUGAAAAAAAAAUGGAGUUGUCAGGAUAUCUAUUGUCAAGAGGUGGAACUGUUGCUUUGGAAAAUGGUUGGGGUGAGUUUUGUGAAGCUAAUGGAGUAAAGCUAGGAGAGUCUUUCACUUUGGAGUUCAUUAAGAAACCAGACAAAACAACUCAUGUAUUCAAGUUUUGUUCUCUAGGGAGACUCACAAAUAGUCACCAACAUGUUAAUUAGAUAUAGAAGUUGUUCCAGGUGGUGACUACUCUCCAUCCUCCCUGGUAGUAAAUCAGAGCACAUUUUUUACUAAUGAUAUACACGUAUUAUCAGUGACUGCGAGUAAACAAACGGCAAUGUUAAUAGGCAAUGAAACCUUUUUAUUUUGUCACGUAACUUCUUACAUUUUCAUUUGUUUAUUAACCGCCAGGACUGAUCAGUUAUGUUUUCGCCCAUCACUUCUGCACACUUCACUGUUAGAGCAUGAUUAAUGAGCGUUUUUAGGAUGAGGUUCUUAACGGAAUAUAAGAACCCGUUUAAGAACCGAUUCUUAGUUUUUUUAGUUAAAAGUUAAGAGACGGGUUCUUAUAUUCCGCUAAGAACUCCCCAUGAAUCAUCUUAUUACUUUUUCAACCAAAAA